AAUUCGCGGUGAUCGGCGCGCGACGCCACGGCUACGGAACACUCGCGUCCUCGCGGUUCACAGAAAGGCCUGGUUUGCGUCUCCGUUAUCCGCGAUAUAUAGUGCACUUCCUUCGUACGCUUCUCGUAUGCGCUCGUUACGUUUUCCCGCUCCCGAAUGCAUCGUCAUUGAGUAAGCCCCCAGGUGCCCGGAGCGUGUAACGUACCAGCUUUCGCCACGCGUCCCAGAAUUACGUCGUGACGCACGCUGACGACACGUCAAAAAUGGCAGAUUCUGCGCCCAGCAAGGCCGAUAUCGAGGAGAUUUUCAAGAGGCUGCGGGCUAUUCCGACGAACAAGUCAUGUUUCGAUUGCAAUGCAAAGAAUCCUGCAUGGGCCAGUGUAACGUACGGUGUCUUCUUGUGCAUCGACUGCUCAGCAGUGCAUCGCAGUCUGGGGGUGCAUCUAACCUUUGUCAGAUCCACCCAACUUGACACAAACUGGACAUGGCUGCAGUUGAGAAAUAUGCAGCUGGGUGGUAAUGCCAAUGCUAGAAAAUUCUUCACACAACACAAUUGCACCAUGACCGAUGCCCAGCAGAAGUAUAACUCGCGUGCGGCUAUGCUAUACAGGGAAAAGCUGGGUCAGGCAUCUGCGCAAGCGAUGCGUCGUUAUGGCACAAAGGUUUCCCUUUCUACGUCAAAAAAUAAAACAAUGCUGCAUUUAGAGGAAGAUAUUGUAUCAGAAGAAACAAACGAACCAGAUUUCUUCAAGCAGCACGAGAAUUUAGAUUCUCUUCAGAAUGAAAAUGAAAUGAUAAUUCCGACAGAAGAAAAGGCAUUCCUCACAGCUAGUACAGUGCCAAGCAAUAACAGUACAGAGAAAAAUGCACCGGAAGUUGCUCCUAAUUCCGUGGGACCUUCCAUAAAACUUAUUGAUUCUACCUCAAAUAAUCAACCCGAGAGAAAACCUACCAUAGGCUGCCGAACAGCUCAAUCCAAACGUCCUGGUGGGCUAGGGAAAAAAACUGGCAGCUUGGGUGCUCAAAGAGUGAAAACCAAUUUUGAUGAACUGGAGAAAAGCGUUGCAGAGGCGCAUAAGCUAGCACAAGAAAAGAAUAAAGAAGUUACGAAGGAAGAGCAAGAAGAGCUCAACGCCCGUCUAGCCCAGCGGUAUGAACAAAAUUUGAGCCAGCAGGCUAAGAAAAUGGAAGAAAGAGCAAAGUAUAUGGAUCCAUUAAAAGCCACACAGGCGGAGCGUCUUGGAAUGGGAUUCAAUACACGAAGCGGCGCAACUCAUUCUGCACUCGGCGACAUGAAAACAAUAACACAAGAGUCUAAGGUCAUAGCAUCAACGGAAGUGCUCUCGGCAGAGACGGACACUUUCUUUAGCUUAGAUGAAUUUUAUUCGGUUUACGCCAACAGCAAACCGUCCUCGCGCAGCGAGGAGAUUGUGGUCGUGGCAGAACCGGAACCACCUAAACGAUUAGCUCCUGCUCGAAUCGCAAUCACCAAGAGCGACAUAAAAACUUCGUCUACCAUCGAAGGGGAAGCUCAAAAAAAGUUUGGUAGCGCCAAGGCUAUCAGUUCAGAUCAGUACUUUCAAGACAGUACUUCCGAUAAUGCGUGGGAACGUAAAAAUAAUUUACGCCGUUUCGAGGGGUCAUCCAGCAUCUCGUCGGCCGAUUAUUUUGGUACCGAAAACUCGUUGCCAACCUCGCCCACAUCCUCGUUAUCUAUGCGUCUGACUGCAGGAAGAGCUGGCGUUGUGGAUCUGGAUGAUGUCCGAGAAAGCGUGCGUCAAGGUGUGAAUAAGGUUGCCGGCAGGCUCAGUUCACUCGCGAACGCCGCGGUUUCUUCUAUACAGGAUCGUUAUGGACUCUAAAUGAAUUCUAUCGCAUUUUACGAGAACUGUUAACAAUAUUUAUCCGGACCCGGGCUUGUCCAUUGUUCAGAGUUGUAAAUAAAAGCUUCUAAUUGAG